AUGAUUGAAGAGUGCGUCGACGUAAAAAGGGGUAAAAUUUUUGUCUAUUUCAUAUUUUUUUCCAGCGCCGCCACUUUGCCGACCACCAUGAGAUGUUUGGAGGAAAACAAUAGAGUCGACGUGAGAAUCAGUCGUUUUAUUCUGCCUCUGGGCGCUGUGUUGAACAUGGAUGGAACGGCCUUAUAUGAAGCCGUUAAAGCUCUCUUUAUCGCUCAAGCCAGCGGCAUCAAGCUUACUAUCCCAGAGAUAAUCAUAACAAGCCUAACGUCAACAGCAGUCUCAAUUGGUGCAGCUGGCAUUCCUCAGGCGGGCUUGGUUACUAUGGUGAUAGUGCUGCAAGCCGUUGGACUGCCAACAGAUUACAUCGCCCUCUUAUUCUCUGUCGAUGUACUUUUGUGAGUAUUUUCUUGAUUUAUAAACUCUUCCAGUCUGAAUUAGAUCAAACCAAAAUUUGGUAUUGUUGUAAACAGCUCCGUCAGACAUCUUUCCUCUGAUAGAUUCAUAACACAAUCACCUGAAACCAAAAGCUGGCAUUUUUAGAUGUGAAACCUUGAUUUUACCCGGGGAUCGAAGAAGGAAAAGCUCCCCGGCUGGGCAAAUUAAAAUCGGCCAGGAUAUUUAUCCAUCCCAAUUAAAUCACUAAAAUACCCCC